AUGCAGGAGAAAAGCCGAGGAGAAGUUGUCUCCUCAAAGAAGAAUCCCAUGAAAGAAGCGCUGAUUCCCUGGGGAGCUCCCCACAAAGCAAGAUAUACAGAAGUAAAGAGCUGCAUGUCCCAAGAGAAGAAAGAUGCUUUUGCUGAACCCUGGGUGCCCCAAACCAUCUGCCGCUCUGGAGCAGGUUCCUGUUGGCCUCCACCUGAACGCUUGGGAAGCUCCACUUCCGGGGCUUUUGUGGGCCAUAGUGAUACGUGUGUGGCACAAAUCCAUGGGCACUGGGAUACCCAUCAAGGGAGGGAGCAAGAAGAUUUUGUCCAGCGUGCAGAAGACGACAGUCUGAGUACAACCAGCACUCUGCUGGUUGCCACCCCAUUAGGUGGAGGCGGUGAAGAUAUCAAAACCUCCCCUGAUACUUUGGUCAAUCCGGAUAUCAGUCCAGCUCUGCAGGUAUCAGAAAUGGAGAACCACAAUGUAUUGUCAGAGCGGCAACAAUUAGCAACCAUGGAAGGAAACUGUGAAACCGGAAAGCAGGGAGAACAUGUAACGAGCAAGGUGAGGGAGUGUGUUACCUUGGGAGAUCUCUCUCCUAAGAGUGCGGCUGGCCAGGUCUUUGUGAAUCUCGGUGAUAGUCAGACUGGCUCUCAAAAGCUUGAUGCCAAGACCUUUCAAGAUCUGUCUUGUGCUCCUCCCCUAACUGAGAACAACCCUCUUGAAAAAUACUCUCUUGAGUCUGGCCAAAGCCAGAGUAUUAGUACAGCGCAUAGCAGUGAUCAGAUAGCUGCUCUGGAGCCUGGGACCAGUCAAGCUCUGUUAGGUGAACAAGCCUCUUGCAGUUUGGACUUCCUUCAAAAGCCAGGCGAGCUCUCUUCUCGAGAAUCACUUCUCAAGGCUGACUUGCCAUCCAGUUCCAUAGCCUCUCCAGAGACAAACUAUCCUCUUGGGGAUCCACAAGCACUGGAAGAUGUGCCUGGACUUAAUAAUAAAACGGAUCAAUCCAUCUCCAUGGAAGACAACUCCACUGCAGCUUUUUAUCUACAGCUUCUGUCUGGGGAGCCGUUACCGUCUGUUCUCGGUGACCCUUCAGCAAGCAUCCUGUUAGAAUCCCCUCAACCAUCCUCUUUGAUGAUGGAGGAAAGUCCUUCAAGCAUAUCUGAGGAAACAACUGCUGAAGAAAACCAGUCCCACAGUUGUUCCUUGGUCCAGCUUGAGGACUGA